UGGUCCAAAACUCUUGUCGUUCAAGUCAACACAUCGAUUUGGUUACGCGAUUUUCUUCUUCCUCUUCGUCGUCGCACUGUUUACUUGACUUUACCAGUUUUCCGUUACCCAUUUCACACGUUGAUUCAGUCCAUCAUCAUGUUUCUCGAAUUCUAAAAGCUCCUUUGAUUGAACUCAAAUCAUCUAAUGCAGAAAUAACUUUUCAGAUCUGGUUAUCUCUUAUCGAAAACCAAUUGAAUAAUGGGCCAAGAAGGUACGAUUUUACUUGAUGGCCAACUUCACAGAGACAAGAAGCCAAAAAACAGAAUAUUGGGUCUGAUUUUAAGGCCAUUUUAUUGGUUAGGAAAGUUAAGUGAGGAGUUGCACUGGAGCUUUGUGUCAGCUGUGGUAAUUGUGUAUGGGAUAAAUCAGGGAAUGAGUUUAGGUUUGAGCAAGAUUAGUACACAGUAUUAUAUGAAAGAUGAACAGAAGUUACAGCCAUCUGAAGCCCAAAUUUAUUUUGGAAUUAUUCAAUUGCCUUGGAUUGUUAAGCCUCUUUGGGGUCUUUUAACUGAUACUCUACCUAUUUUAGGAUACCGAAGGCGACCUUACUUCAUGCUUGGUGGUUUCAUUGGUGUUGUCGCCAUGCUUAGUCUGUCAAUCAACCAGAACUUACACCUUGCAUUUGCUUUGUUGUGCCUAAUGGCUGGCAGUGCGGGAGUGGCAAUAGCAGAUGUGACUAUUGAUGCAUGUGUGACAGAGAACAGCAUAAGCCAUCCUUCUCUUGCCAGUGACAUGCAAAGCUUGUGUGGUCUGAGCUCUUCAGUGGGGCAACUGAUAGGGUUCGGAAUCAGUGGUUUUUUGGUUCAUCUAAUUGGAUCCAAGGGAGUGUUUGGAAUUUUAAGCAUCCCUGCUGGUCUGGUCAUUUUGGUAGGAAUGAUGUCACGUGAAACAUAUGUACCCAACGUUGCAUAUAAGCGGGUAAGUCAAAAGUUCUCUGAUGCUGGUAAAGCUAUGUGGAUGGCACUGAAAUGCCAGAGUGUUUGGAGGCCAUGUAUAUACAUGUACAUUUCUCUUGCAUUGAGUUUUCAUAUUCACGAGGGAAUGUUUUACUGGUAUACAGAUGCAAAGGAUGGCCCGUCUUUUUCAAAGGAGAUGGUAGGGUCCAUAUCUUCUGUUGGUGCGGUGGGCUCUCUUCUUGGUGUUCUCCUUUACCAGAAUGCCUUUAAAAACCAUCCUUUCCGUAGCGUACUUUUCUGGACUCAGUUACUGUAUGGUGCUUCAGGGCUGGUAGAUUUAAUAUUGGUCUCACGUGUAAACUUAAAAUUUGGUAUCCCUGAUUAUGUUGUUGUUGUAAGCGAUGCAGCAUUCUCUCAUAUGAUCGGGCGUCUCAAAUGGAUGCCUCUUCUUGUACUCAGUUCAAAGCUUUGCCCUUCAGGCAUUGAAGGAACUUUUUUUGCUUUGCUAAUGUCAAUCGAUCAUAUUGGUAUGCUCACAGCAUCCUGGGGUGGAGGCCUCUUACUUCAUACCUUCAACGUUACAAGGACACAAUUCGACAACCUUUGGAUAGUGAUAGUGAUCCGGAGCUGUUUAAGAAUCCUUCCAGUUUGUAUUCUUUUUCUAAUACCAAGCAGUGAUCCAAAUGCUUCUAUUCUUCCAACUGAAAUGUUGAAGAGUAAAAAGGGUGACGAUAUUGUUGAAAAUCAGAAUAUGGAAAUGGCUUCUCUUGUUAGCAAUGUUGACCAGCAUUUAGUGGAUACAUGAGUGAAAAUUACAAACUGGGAAAAUGUACUCCAGUUUGAAACUUCAUUUUGUCUCCUGUGCUGCUGAAUUGGUGUGCAGCAUGACAGAAAUUAUACAAGAUGGGAUUUACCAGCUUUCUGGUAAAAAGAAGUUGAGCUGACUGACCAAAGUUAUUCAUCCGGCAAGUCUUACGUUUCAUGUAUUCCUUCAUAAUACUUCAGAAAGAGUGACCUUGUGAAAUUAUAUGUACGACGAGUAGUUGUAGUUCUUGGAAUCUUGUGCAGCUA